UGACACUACAGCAGUACAGUCAAGUACUGACCGCUCUCACGAACAACCCCUCCGUCACUCGGCUCGUCGUCACCUCACCUACGUCACACGGAACCUCGAAGCUCCAGCAUCGCCGUAAACGUGCAGUUAGCAUUCACCAGGAACCAACUUUCAAAACCUCUCUGCGCAACCGUCCCUUGUGAGCCACCUUCUGCGCCACCGCCCCUCGUGAGCCACCUUCUGCGCAAACGUCCCACAUCCCCCUUUCGCGAUCCACUUCUACGAUUGACACGCGACAGUCGCACGCCGCCAAACUGUUUGCCUCAAUCUUUCGCCGGGCGACUCCACGAACAGUAUCUUUAUUCUCGCUCCCUGUAGCUGCCACUGCUUCGCAUAACACACGCACCACUCCUGUUGUGGGGCUCUCCAAGGUAGAUUCGCGAAAGAUGCACUCAAAACUUGUCAUCAUUGGCUCUGGGCCAGCAGGCCACACCGCCGCCAUCUAUGCCGCCCGCGCUGACCUGAAGCCCGUCAUGUACGAGGGUUUCCUCGCGCUUGGCAUCGCCGCAGGAGGCCAAUUGACCACCACCGAUGAAGUCGAGAACUUCCCCGGAUUCAUGAAAAUCCAAGGCUCCACGCUCAUGGACCAAAUGCGCGCCCAGUCCGAAGCCUGUGGCACCGAAAUUGUCUCGCAAACCGUCGCAAAAGUCGACCUCAAAUCCCGCCCGUUCAAGUACUGGUUGCACCCGAUGGGCGACGACGAGGAAAUCGAGGAGGAAGAACACACCGCCGACUCCAUCAUCAUCGCUACGGGUGCCAAAGCGCGCCGUCUCGAUCUACCGGGUGAGGAGAAGUACUGGGGCUAUGGCGUGUCCGCAUGUGCCGUGUGCGACGGCAGCCUGCCCAUGUUCCGCGACCAGCCACUCGUGGUCAUUGGCGGCGGCGACUCCGCGGUCGAAGAGGCGCUGUACCUGACCAAGAAGGCGAAGAAGGUCACCGUGUUGGUUCGCAGGGAUAAGCUGAGGGCGUCGCGCACCAACGCCAGGAGGCUGACUACCCACCCCAAGAUCGAGGUCAUGUUCAACACGGGCGCGAGUGAGAUCAAGGGCGAGGAGAAGAAGAACGGGCUCAUGACACACCUCGUUGUGAAGAACAACGUUACCAAGGAGGAGCAGACUAUCGAGGCCAAGGGACUUUUCUACGCCGUUGGUCACGACCCCGCGACGCAGCUUUUCAAGGGCCAGCUUGAUAUGGAUGAGGAUGGUUACCUGAUUACAAAGCCGGGUGAGGGACACACAAGUGUGGAAGGUGUGUUUGCGGCUGGUGAUGUGCAGGAUAAGAAGUACCGCCAGGCGAUCACCAGUGCCGGAUCUGGCUGUGUCGCCGCACUCGAAGCCGAGAAGUAUCUCGCCGAGCAAGAUGACAACGUUGGCAACGAGCUCGAGAUGGAGAACCAGGCCGAGAAGAGCCAGACCAACGGUGUCGUGCCCGAGUACCGCUCCAAUCCCCUCUUGUAAGCCACAAGAUCUUGUAGACGGCAAGUUACGUUUCUUUCGAUAUAGACUUGGGAUCUUGGGAGGCAUUUAAAUGGGUGUAUUGCAUCGGGUAGCGCAGGUUGGCUGGAGCUUUUGCUUGGUGGCUCGCGAUAUGGCAUAGACUUGGUUAGAAAUGGGCGUGCGCAAUGGAAACAUGGAAUUAUCGA